AUGGAGGUAGUCGCGGAGAGCCCCUGCCCCUAUACCGCAGCAGCGGACGUCGGUCUCCGCGCGCGCGCGCCGCAGCUCCGCCAGCGGGCACCCGCGGAAGCACCAGCCGCGGGCUCCGAGCCACGCCUCGCCCGGCCGGGCGCUGGCAGGAGAGCGGCGAAUGCGACCCGCUCGCGGCAAUACUUGGCGCGAUGGACCCCCGAGGUGAGCUCUCCGCGCCCCUCCGUCUCCUCCCCUUCUAAUCGUCUUGUCAGUUCUCUCCGCCGCGCUACCAGGGAUGGUUGUCUCAAUUGUUCCCGCCCCCCCCACCUUCGUUGGCGCGCGCAGGAGGACGCGAUUCUGUUGGAGCACGUGAUGGCGCACGGCACGGCGGAGUGGGGGCAGCUCAGGGCGAGCGGCCGGCUGCCGCUGCGCGACAACAAGGCGUGCUGCAACCGCUUCCUGCUGCUCAAGAGGAAGUUCCUCCAACUCGACGACCACCAGCAGCAGGAGCCGCAUUACCAGCCGCAUUACGAGCAGCCCCGCCAGCAGCACGACACCUCCCCCUGGCCCCGCCGCCAGCAUGAUGCGCACCCCGCCAACCUCCCCUGCUGCCUCCAACCGGCUGACACCGCACUGCACCUGAUGGCCACUGCGCCACACGCCUACCCACAGGCGGCACAGGCAAGGCAGCACUCGGCGGCACGGCACAGCGGGUGGAAGGGCGAGUGGAGGGGGAGCCUUGAAGGGGUUGCGUGGUGGGAGGGGGUGGUGGACCCGCGCCUGGGAAGCACUCUCACGGUCGCACAUGCGUGGGAUGGCGCAGUGGCGUGCGGACGUGUUAGUGAGUCGGUGUGCAGCAAGAGUGCAUGGGUUCAAGGCAAUGCGGUGCGGCUGCAGCAACAAACGGCCGUGGUGAAGCAGCAGCAGCAGCAGAUUCACGCAGGUGGAGUGUGGGCGUGCGUGGAGCAGGCUGUGAAGGCAAGCGCCUCUGCUGCUCCAUCAGCAUGCUGUGCCGUGCUGCAACCACCCUCUGCCUCGCCUGCACUCCCUACCGCUUCCAGUCGCCUCAGCCACUGUCCUCUUGGUCUGCUGCACCCAGAUGCCCCACUCCCCCUUGCUGCACUCCGUGGCACCACUGCUGCGCCUGCCGCUGCUGGUGCUGCCAUUGACGCAUGUGUGAGGGCAGGGCCGUCGGACGGGCAGUCUCAGGCGGAUAUGGACAGGUGGGUUCUGGAGCAGGUGGGGCUCAUGGUGGGCGGGCAAGAAGGGACUGCGCCCGGGGGUGGUACGCUGCUGGCAGAUGUGAGAGGGGGAGGUGGGGUUGGAGUGGGUGGAGGAUUGGGAGAAAUGGAAAUUGCGGCAGGGGAUGGAGGGGGAAUGGUCGGUCAUGGGGGAAAGAGGACAAGGGUGAGUGGCGGAGGAAAGUGGGAUGAGCAGCAUGGGGAGGCGUGCAUGUGGGAGGGGCCUGGAAGUCACUGUGGAGGGAGGAAGCGGGUUGAGCAGGAAGGGGAGCCAGCGAUGCUGAGCCAGGAGGAUGGGCAUUGGCAGGCUGUUGCCAGUGACGAAUCCCGAGCUCAUAACCUUGAUGACACAAGGGUUCUGAAGAGCCAACUCCUGACUGUGUUGCAGAGUGCCCUUAGUGGUGACGAGAUAGAUAGUUUCAUGAAUCAGUAUGGAGAUGUUUGUCUCCUUGAGAGAACUUGCUGA